UACACGCCUUGGUGGAAAGUAACUUUCAGUUUCAGUAGCUUCCGAUGGUAGGAGAGGAGAGCCAUGGCUGACAACAUCCUCAGGGCAAAGAGGAAGCAGUUCAUCCGUUCAGUGGGCGAAGGGACAAUAAAUGGCUUGCUGGAUGAACUUUUGGAGAAGAAAGUGCUGAACCAGGAAGAAAUGGAGAGAAUAAAAUGUAUAAAUGCCACUGUCAUGGACAAGGCACGGGACCUGUGUGAUUGUGUCACUAAAAAGGGCCCUCUAGCAAGCCAAAUCUGUAUCAGGUACAUUUGUAAUGAAGAUGGCUACCUGGCAGGAGUUCUGGAACUUGAAUCGGGUCCACCAGCAGAAAAUUUCAUUAGGAGAGACAAUUUCCAGGGAGAACAUUCCUCAGAAACAGAAGAAAAACAGAACAAAGAUGGUGUCACAUGUCCAGGACCAAGUGGGAGCCUCAAGUUAUGCCCCUUAGAAACAGCCCAAAAGAUACGGCAAGAAAAUCCUUCUGAGAUUUACCCAAUAAUGAAUACAUCCACUCGUACACGUCUUGCUCUCAUUAUCUGCAACACAGAGUUUGAAUAUCUUCCAAGGAGGGAUGGAGCUGAUGUGGAUCUCAGAGAAAUGAAGUCACUACUGCAGGGUCUGGGAUAUACCGUGAAAGAAAAAGAAAAUCUCACAGCUCUGGAGAUGACUAACACAGUGAAGGAGUUUGCUGACUGCCCAGAGCACAAGACUUCUGACAGUACUUUUCUUGUGUUCAUGUCUCAUGGUAUCCAAGAAGGAAUAUGUGGGAAGUCAUAUUCUGAUAAAGUAGCAGAUGUUUUAAAAGUUGAUACUAUCUUUCGGAUGUUGAACACUUUGAUGUGCCCAAACUUGACAGACAAGCCCAAAGUUAUCAUCAUUCAGGCCUGCCGUGGAGAGAACCGAGGAGUGGUGUUGGUGAAAGAUUCAGCAGAAGGUACUGGAAAGAAAUUCUUAGUGGAUGCAGAUUUGGAAGAUGAUGGCAUUAAGAAAGCCCACAUAGAGAAGGAUUUUAUUGCUUUCUGUUCUUCAACACCAGACAACAUCUCUUGGAGACAUCCUAUCAAGGGCUCUCUUUUCAUUGUGGAACUCAUCAAGCAAAUGAAAGAACAUGCCUGGUCUUGUGACUUGGAGGACAUUUUCAGAAAGGUACGAUUUUCAUUUGAACAACCAAAAUUUAGUUUACAGAUGCCCACCACUGAAAGGGUGACUUUGACAAAACGUUUCUACCUAUUCCCAGGACAUUAAAACAAGUAUGUUGUACCUAGGUCUUUGUGUGUGUGUGUGUGUGUGUGUGUG